UUACAUUAAGUAUGCAUGUAGCCAAUUUGGAUUUGGACCGUCAAAUUUGUUGACAAAUGGAAAAUUACAUAAACAACAUAUAUACAUAUAUGAAUUACACAAAAAGUCGGUCUUAAAUUCAUUGUUGCUGACGUGGCACUACCGUUUACCCACAGUCAACCCCCCCGGAAACGUUAAACCCUUUCUUCUCUUUACUCUUUUAGACUCUUCGUUGUCUUUUCCGAGACUCUCUCCCUCUAUCUCCAGCCACCAUGUACUCAGCCGCUCCUCCGCCGAGCUCCGCCGCGAUCUUGCCGGCUCCGUCACCGUCUCCGUCGCCGUCGAUGCGAGUGUCAGAGCCCCUCUCGUCGCAUUCCUCUGAUCUUACCGUCGAAUUCAGCCCGCCGUUGAUCGCCAUGGUUGUGGUCCUCGCCGCUGCGUUUCUCUUCGUGACGUACUCACGUAUCAUCUCUCGCCGCUGUAUCUCCCCACUCUUCCGUCGUAUCCGGCGGUGGCGCUGCCGUCGGCGUCGUCGUCGCCGACUACUCUACCUGUCGUCGUCCUCUGUCACGUCAUCCUCCUCCGACCUCCGAUCGUUUUCCCCUUUCCAUUUCGACUCGUUCCAUUACGCGUCGUACUCGCCUUACGGAUUGGACGACUCAGUGAUCAAGACGUUGCCACUGUUCCUCUACUCCACCGCGGCUUGCGCCGGUGGGAAAUCCGCCGUCUCUGCUGCCGGCGAUUGCCGCGAAUGCGCCGUCUGUUUGUUGGAGUUCGAGGAAGGGGACUAUGUACGGACGCUCCCAUCGUGCACCCACGCUUUCCACUUGGAUUGCAUCGACGAGUGGCUUCGAUCGCAUCCUAACUGCCCACUCUGUCGCGCGGCGAUCCUCGGAUCCCCCGCCACCGAUGUUGCGCCGCCGUCGCCGUUCGUUCCCCUUAUGGCCUCCCGUAUCCGGCCAAGCCUCGACGCGGAGGCGGAUGCGAUCAUCAUCCGCAGCAUUGGCGGACUUCCUCGGCCGGGAACCAUCGACGAUCGGGAGAUCACGCCAGCGUCGGUGGAGGAGCAGUCGCCGGCUAUCGCUUUGAGGUUUCCUCAACUGAAGAGAUCUUACUCCUUCGAAUUCGAGAGGGAAUCAAUCUCGGAGAUGAUCACAACGGAUCCGGCGGCGACAUCGCCGCGGACAUACCGGAGAUCCGCCAGGAAUUUCUGGAACAAGAGAUCGUCGCCGUUCAGCAACCUGAUAUCCAAACCUAGAGUCGUCUCUUUCCGGUACCAGAGAUUCACGAAAUCACCGUUUUUCCGGCGACGAUCGGGAGUGUUCUUCCCGUUAUCAGAGAGGAUACCGGCGACGGGAGGCUCGUUGUCGCGACGGAUGAAGGCGAUGACGAGUCCGAUGAUGAUCUUCCGCACGGCGCCGGAGUUGCCGAGCCGACUGAGAUGCGGCGAUCCGGAGGCGCUGUUGUCGCCGGAGAGAUUGAGGGGGGGAUGAAGAAGGUCGGUCUAGUGACACGUGGACGGUGGAGAUCGAGAAGUGGAAAUGGACGGUGAGAUGGAGACAUGUGAAAAUUUAAUGGAGGAAAAAAAAUAUUGGGAGGGAAAGGAGAAAGGAGGAGGAGAAGAAGAAGAGCAUUAAUGGAGAGUGGGGUGAGGCAUUUAAUGAAUUAAAAUGGAAGACAGAGAAAGAGAGAAAUUCAGAAUCUCAGAGCUCACAAGAUUUCCGUGCAGGCUAUGCAAUUGAUGCACAUACGGGCGAACUUUUUUUUUUCGGUGAAUUGUAAGAAGAUUGUUGUAAUCCAUAGCAGUAUGACUAUCGAAGUUAUUAUAGAAACGAAUUUAAUGUUUGACCCUAAAUUCGUUUAUAUAAUAACUUAUUUAACGUUUUGCCAUAUAAUUUGUAUUUGAUUUAGAUUUUUUUUAUUAUUCUAUCUGAAUAAACUUUUCACUUCAUUUUCA